UCUGAAUUUACUGUCGAUAGUAAUCGGAUUCCGAAGUUUUAUUAAAUUUCGUUAAACUUCGAAUGAUUGUGGAACGACAGCGUCGACGAAAAUGAGCGAGCUCGUUUGGGGCAUAAAGAACGGCGAUCUCGAACAAGUACGAGACAUCGUCGAGAACAAGAACAUUGAUGUAAAUCAAAUGAUCGAUGGAAGAACACCGCUACAUUAUGCAGCAGAUUAUGGUCAAAGUGAAGUUGUCAGAUAUUUAUUAGAGAAAGGAGCAAAUGCCAAUGCUACAGACAAGCAUGGGAUCACAACGUUGUUGGCAGCGAUAUGGGAAGGCCACACGAAUUGUGUAAAACUGCUGUUGGAAAAAGGUGCUAAACCAGACGGUUUAACGCCAGACGGCACAAGCUAUCUGGAUGCAGCCGAGAAAGAUGAGAUUAAACAGCUUCUGAAACUCCACUAGCAUAAAGCCAAACAAAAUGCGGAUGUCCAGAAUUUAAAUGUCAAAACUUCGGGAACGUGUAGAGAGAAUCGAC